CAACUUCACCUUACUGGAAAUGCAAGCAUGACAGCUACAAUCUCUCUCGUUCCUGUGCAGUUUAAUGGAUUCAUUAAGUCGCCAAUUAUCACAUUGCCACCAUUUAAGGUUUUGGAGUCGUCUUCAAACAAAACAUCAUCAGCGCCUACUUCUGCAGGAUUUUUCCAUCUGGGAUCGCAGCUCGGCGCAGCAUCUUCGCAUACCCGUCAACAUGUAGCCUAUUUCGUUUUCGCGAAC